ACCCUGCAACACAACUGAGCUUGUCUGACAGAAUGAGCAAGACUGCGUGUGUGCGUGCGAGACACGGAGAGGCAGCCAAGAUGAAAGUGUGAAGCAGUGAGAGGGAAAACCUAGAAAAAACAGCAAAGGCGAUCAGAAAGGGAGGGGAGACGAAGAGUCAGCGAGCACAGCAGGAAAGGCAGAGCAGAAGAAAAGACAGAAAAGAGCAAAGGGAGAUAAUGUGAACGUUACAUCUUUAAUAACGCCCGUACCAAAGCCAGGAGAUGUAAUGGAUAGAUGACCAUCCUCUACAAACACACCAGCAUUCUGUCUUGGAGCCUUGACAGGAGGGGACAAGACAAAUUCAACACCUUCAAAGGUUUCUAAAGGCUCUUCAACCAGUCCCACACCAUCGAACCAUGUCGUCUGCUGGGUCAACUAACCUCAAAAAACGCCAGGCAUCUGAGACAGACAAGACUCAGAAGCUGUUAAACAAUGACUCUGCUCAACACCUAAAACUAAGAGAGAGACGGCGCUUUUUUGAAGAAGUCUACCAGCAUGACAUGGAUAAUGACUUACCUACUGCCCAACUGCAGAUUGACCACACUUUAAUUGCAGAGGGUGAGGAAGACGAUGAAGACGAUGAAGAUGCCGAGGUUGUCUACAGGGAGUGUGCAUCUCUGAAACGACAAAAUGAGCCGUUUCGUAGCUCGCAGUCUCGCAUUUCGUCUACAUCGUCUGCUUCCAGUGAUAGCAGCGCGAGUGGCGUGGACACACCUGUGAUCCAGUCGGAUGAUGAAGAAGUCCAUGCAGACACUCUGCUGCUGACCUCUGCGCCCCAAACUAGGGAUGAAGAAUCAGACGAUGAAGAAGCUGAGGAAAGAUACCAUCUGACUAAUCAUGAUAAAGCCUAAAUUUGAAUCACUUAGGAGCAAAAAUCGCUCUCUGUGUCUCUUUCUCUUUUUAUGUAAUAGAAUUUCCUCCACAUGGAUGCAAACCCCAGCAUGGCUGGCCCAGUGGCAAAGUUCAAUGUUUCUUGAAAGUGUACUUAUCCAGAACUUUCCUUUGGAAUUUAGUGUACACCCAAAUAACUGUGGGAUACUUAAUUAAUUAAUUACUAACUAAAAUUUUUAGAGGCUGUGUCACUAAUAGCACUUGUAUGCAAAUUUCAAUAUGGGACAUUCCAUGCUCAUGCAGUAACUUGUUUUGGUUAAGAAGAAAUGGCUUAAAGUUGAAGCUAUACACCUCUUACUGCCGGAGGGAAUUUUCCCUCCUCCCCAUUCUUGAAACUACAGGUUCCAAGCAGCCGUGUGAGGAACAAAACUGAACUGAAAUGGCAUUUGCUGAGCAAACAAAUCUUUAUAUAUGGCUUGCAUACAUGAAAAAGGAAAUUCAAGAGACCUGUAGUAAUAAUAUAAAGCUUCCUUACAUUUCACACUGAAACGUAAAAAUUCUGGGCACCUUGGAUCAUCUUUUUCCUCUUAACUGGCAAUUAUAGUGCAACAGAUACUAUUCCCAUCAUGCAAGUUAUCAGACUUCUCUAUGAACACCUUCCUUAAGGUGUGACUCAUUUCAAAGGGCCGUGACUAUCAAACCAAGAUCUCAUGACCUAAUUAACUUGUGCUGGAAAGACUUUUAAUGCAAAUCAAAAGCUGCAUAAUACAGCCCAAUUCUUAACUUUACACUUCCAGAAGGGUGCAUUUAUGUUUAACUUUAUGUCUGCUAUGUAUAUGUGUACACAUUUAAGCAAGGCUAAAACAACACGUCACUGUCUUCAGUUCUUCCUCUCAAGAAAGAGAAAGUAAUUCUGAGAGUCUAAGCCUUUAGCCAGCACAGAAAGAUAAAAGUUAAAGUUAAAACAAGUAAGUAAAAACAGUUUUUCUAAGUGAAGCGCCACUUUUAACCUUGAGACCUCAGUGAUCGAUAUAAAAGAAGAAAAGUUAGAAUGAGCCGUUUAGUCCAUUAUCUGUGACUUCUUUGUCCUAAGUGUGAGAAUGCCUUUGUGCAAGCGUCCGAUCUGCCAGAAUCUGGCUCGAAGGGUGAUGUGCCUAUACAGAGUUCAAAGUGGAAAAUACACAAUAAAAGUCAGGGCACUCUUCUCGUUGUGAUGAAAAGAUAAAAAGAAGAAUAUUAGAAAUGAGUCACCAAAACAAGUCACAGUGAAUACCCUCCUCCUUCCGCCAAAACCUAUUUCUUUAAGAUUUUAUAAAUUAUUGCUUUAUGCAUGUGGAAACUACAGAAUCAUGAAUGGAAAUAUUGUAUUUACAAAUGCAUGGUGUUUUGUUCUUGUGACUUCAUAUGUUUUCAGUACUACUAGUGUUGCAUUACUGAACUAUGCAGGUGGCACCUGUUCUCCAUUUGACAUGUUUUUUGGACAUUGCAUAUUUAUAGCUAGAAGGAGUGGCAGUGACUCAGGUGAAAGCAGUUUGUGUGUGAAUGCUCAGUGUUUAAUGUGUGUCU